AUGGAUUCUCGGGAGUCCUGGGCGGCCUUGGCGGCUGGUGGAGUUGCUGGUGUCUGUGUUGACUUGAUCCUUUUUCCCCUGGAUACUGUAAAAACAAGACUGCAGAGUCCUCAAGGAUUUAGGAAGGCUGGUGGUUUUCGUGGCAUCUAUGCUGGUGUUCCUUCCACUGCUAUAGGAUCCUUUCCAAAUGCUGCUGCAUUUUUUAUCACCUAUGAGAAUGUGAAAACCAUCAUGCACCAUGGCUCUACAUCUUACUUGACUCCAGCAACACACAUGGUGGCUGCCUCCAUUGGAGAAGUGGUUGCAUGCCUCAUACGGGUUCCAUCUGAGGUUGUCAAGCAAAGGGCCCAGGUGUCUCCUUCCUCAAGCACCCUCCGGAUUCUCUCUCACACCCUGUAUCAUGAGGGUAUUCAAGGACUUUAUCGGGGUUAUAAAAGCACAGUAUUAAGAGAGAUUCCUUUCUCUCUGGUACAAUUUCCCCUCUGGGAGUCCUUAAAGGAUCUCUGGUCAUGGAAGCAGGGUCACGUGGUGGAUUCUUGGCAGUCAGCAGUCUGUGGAGCUUUUGCAGGUGGAUUUGCAGCUGCAGUCACCACACCUCUCGAUGUAGCGAAGACGAGAAUUAUGUUGGCAAAGGCUGGUUCCAGCAAUGCUAGCGGGAACGUUCUGUCCGCACUCAGUGGCAUCUGGAGGACACAAGGCCUGUCGGGCUUGUUUGCUGGUGUUGUCCCAAGGAUGGCAGCCAUCGGCCUGGGAGGCUUCAUCUUCCUGGGGACAUACGAGAAGACUCGCCAGCUGCUGCUCUGACCCGGUCCUGCCAGUGGUCACCGCAGAGUUGGAGAAGCCACCGAGUUAGGGGAGGAGCCCGCCCGUGAGUGCAGCCUUCCUCCUGCCGCCCCUUGGCUGUGCAGCAGCAGCUGUUCCCCAGCCUGAGAGCUGCUUUCGCUGUUAAAGAAAAGUAAAUCCUCCAAUAAUCCAAUUUCCCAAACAUGAAAUUUUCCUGCAUGGAAAAUGAGUGAGGUCAUUGUGAGAAUUGUGCCAAAAAAGUAACGUUUUGGGGGUAAACAGCUAAUUACAGGGGCUGAGAAAGGCGUUGUUAGAACCUCCUGCAGGGGAAAUGUUUUGCAAACCUCCAGCUCGUGGGCUGGGUCAGGAGGCUGAA